AUGGUUUUAUCGCGCAUGCUAUCAAUCUCGUUACUGCCAGCAUGUCUAAGAUACACGAUACGCUUGAUAUCGAGGAGAAGCCUGGCCACGAGGCACUUUCGUCGUACCUUACCACCGACUAUACUCAGCGAGGUCUUCGCCAAGAUUAAGUCCGAGAAACUCGCAUCCGCUGAUUUUGGCAAAGACAGUGGAUCCGAUUUACAGAGAGCGGUCAGUUUCGUACAGCCGUGUUUGAAAGAGGAGCUCCUGUGCAAAUUUUCGGAACCUGUGCGAGACUGCUGUCACAAAGUGACAGUGGUAGGAUCCGGCAUGGUCGGCGUGGCCGUCACGAACUCGCUCCUCCUACAGGGAAUCACUCCUCAUGUGGCCAUGGUGGAUGCAUUCCCCAAGAAGCUGGAGGGAGAGGGGAUGGAUUACAGCCACGGUUCGGUAUUUUUAGGAGAUCCGCGUGUCGAUUUCGACACAGAUUUUUGUAUCUCAAGCAACUCGAAGGUGAUCAUCAUAGCUGCAGGUGUGAGGCAAGUUAAGGGUGAGACGAGAUUGGACUUGGUGCAACGGAAUUCCGAGAUAUUGAAGAAUAUCAUACCAACGUUGGUCGGUUACAGUCCGAACGCCGUGUUCUUGAUCGUCAGUAACCCAGUUGACAUUUUGGCGUGGGUAACGUGGAAAGUGAGUGGAUUACCGGCCAGCCGGGUGAUCGGAAGUGGAACUCAUCUUGAUUCAGCCAGGUUUCGUUACUUAAUCGCCGAUCGUCUAGGAAUAGCGCCGAGCUCGGUUCAGGCGUACAUCGUCGGCGAGCACGGGGAGAGCCAGGUUCCACUCUGGUCUGGAGUGAAUGUCGCGGGUGUGCAGUUUCGCGAUAUACUACCGAAUAUCGGCCUCGAGACGGACGAGGAAAGAUGGUACGAGCUCUCCAAGGAAGUGAUCAGACUUGGACCUACGGUGAGAUGCCUGAAAGGAUACUCGAACACAGCCGUUGGCCUUUCGGUUGGCGACAUCGUGUCGUCUAUACUGAAGAACUCGCAGAGGGUCAUACCGGUUUCAACCUUGGUUCAAGGUCACCACGAGAUCUGUCACGAGACGUUUCUAUCGCUGCCCUGUUCCAUCGGCGAGAACGGUGUGACCAAUAUCGUGCGGAUGCGUAUCACAGAAUUCGAGAAGAAACUGUUCCAGCAAUCGGCGAACGUGGUGUACAACGUCCAAAAAGACGUGAAAACCUCCUAA